CCCGCGCGGGGCUUUGUGCGGGGCAGAGCCGCGUUCUCGCUUCAACAGUGCUUGAACGGAACCGGCCGCCCUCCGUCCGUCCGUCCCGUCCGUCCAUCUGUCCCAUCGUUCGUCCCGUCCGUCCGUCCGUCCGUCCGCCCGCCAUGGAGUCCCAAAUCCGCCAGAACUACCACCGCGACUGCGAGGCCGCCGUGAACCGCAUGGCCAACGUGGAGCUGCACGCCUCCUACGUCUACCUGUCCAUGGGCUUUUACUUCGACCGGGACGAUGUGGCGCUGCCGCGGCUCGCCCGGUUCUUCCAGGAUCAGGCUCGGGAGGAGCGGGAACACGCCGAGGGGCUCCUGCGCUUCCAGACGCGCCGCGGCGGCCGCGUGUUGCUGCAGGACGUCAAGAAGCCGGAGCGGGACACUUGGGGGUCGGCGCUGGAGGCGGUGGAGGCGGCGCUGCAGCUGGAGAAGUCGGUGAACCAGGCGCUGCUGGACCUGCACGGCCUGGCCGCCGAGAAGGGAGACCCCCACGUGAGUCCUUCCUCUGCCCCCCUC